UGGGUGACAUCUGCCUGAGAGAUCUCCAAGAAUUACAGAUUGAGUCUCGCUCUGUUGCCCAGGCUGGAGUGCAGUGGUGCAAUCUCUGCUCACUGCAACCUCCGUCUCCCGAGUUCAAGCAGUUCUCCUGCCUCAGCCUCCUGAGUAGCUGGGAUUACAGAAGACAAAAAUACUAAUGCAUUUGAGAAAGCGGUAGUUUUGGGGGGAGGGGGAAAAAGCAACUGCUUUCCUGAUCUGCAACUUGGCUGGAUGCUAAGAUGUCAGUGGACAUGAAUAGCCAGGGGUCUGACAGCAAUGAAGAGGACUAUGACCCAAAUUGUGAGGAAGAGGAAGAAGAAGAAGAUGAAGACCCUGGGGACAUAGAGGACUAUUACGUGGGAGUAGCCAGCGAUGUGGAGCAGCAGGGGGCUGAUGCCUUUGAUCCCGAGGAGUACCAGUUCACUUGCUUGACCUACAAGGAAUCUGAGGGUGCCCUCAAUGAGCACAUGACCAGCUUAGCUUCUGUCCUAAAGGUAUCUCAUUCAGUUGCUAAACUUAUAUUAGUUAAUUUCCACUGGCAAGUUUCAGAGAUAUUGGACAGAUACAAGUCCAAUUCUGCUCAACUGCUUGUUGAGGCUCGAGUUCAGCCUAAUCCAUCAAAACAUGUUCCCACAUCCCAUCCCCCUCACCACUGUGCAGUGUGUAUGCAGUUUGUGCGAAAGGAAAACCUACUCUCUCUGGCCUGUCAGCACCAGUUUUGCCGUAGCUGCUGGGAGCAGCACUGCUCAGUUCUCGUCAAGGACGGCGUGGGCGUGGGAGUCUCUUGUAUGGCUCAGGACUGUCCACUCCGUACACCAGAGGACUUUGUGUUUCCAUUGCUUCCCAAUGAAGAAUUGAGAGAGAAAUACAGGCGCUACCUCUUCAGGGACUAUGUGGAGAGUCAUUACCAGCUCCAGCUGUGCCCUGGUGCAGACUGCCCCAUGGUUAUUCGGGUACAGGAGCCUAGAGCUCGCCGAGUACAGUGCAAUCGGUGCAACGAGGUCUUCUGUUUCAAGUGUCGUCAGAUGUAUCACGCACCCACAGACUGUGCCACAAUCCGGAAAUGGCUCACGAAGUGUGCAGACGACUCUGAAACAGCCAACUACAUUAGUGCUCACACUAAAGACUGUCCCAAGUGCAACAUCUGCAUUGAGAAGAAUGGAGGCUGCAAUCACAUGCAAUGCUCCAAAUGUAAACACGACUUCUGCUGGAUGUGUCUAGGAGAUUGGAAGACUCAUGGCAGUGAAUACUAUGAGUGCAGUCGUUACAAGGAGAAUCCUGACAUUGUGAACCAGAGCCAACAAGCCCAGGCGAGGGAAGCCCUCAAGAAGUACUUAUUCUACUUUGAGAGGUGGGAAAACCACAAUAAAAGCUUGCAGCUAGAGGCACAGACAUACCAGCGGAUUCAUGAGAAGAUUCAGGAGAGGGUCAUGAACAAUCUGGGGACAUGGAUCGACUGGCAGUACCUACAGAAUGCUGCCAAGCUCUUGGCCAAGUGUCGAUACACCCUGCAAUACACCUACCCAUAUGCAUAUUACAUGGAGUCCGGACCCAGGAAGAAGCUGUUUGAAUACCAGCAGGCUCAGCUGGAGGCUGAGAUCGAAAACCUCUCAUGGAAAGUGGAGCGUGCAGACAGCUAUGACAGAGGGGACUUGGAGAACCAGAUGCAUAUAGCGGAGCAGCGGAGGAGAACCCUGCUGAAAGAUUUCCAUGACACCUAAGUUGGGAUGUGGAUGUGCCGGGGUGAGGAAGAUGUGGCUGCAAGGUCUCCCGGCUGCCAUACUGCAUGCUGCAGGCUCUGCCUUUCAUGACCCCAGGCAACAGCCAGGGCCCCACUCCUGAGAGACACUGGCAACACCUCUUAGUUGAUUUCUGUUUUCUUCUCUUUUCACUUUUUGUUUCUACCAGGGUAGAGGCCAUGUUGAACUGGCCUCUUUUCAGGACUUUUAUUUCCCCCUGGAUGGUUGUUGGGAGGGAGGGAAAGUGUUUUCUGAAUGGCUAUUAAUAGUAUUAGAUCAUUACAACUUAUGUAACUUUCAAAGGUUGUACAAUUAUACAAAAAAAAAAAAAAAGGCAAACUAUAGGAUAACACAGAGCCCUUUUUGAAAAUAAAUUGGCAUUGGAGUGUUUUA